AUGCUCAAUUAUCUAAAAACAGGAUUGAGGUUUUGAUGUUUGUCUUCCUUUUCACUUUCCAACCACUCUAGUAAUGGCCUCCAGAGAAUCGUGGUUCAGUGAAGAAGGCUUGCCUUCCAGUAGAUGUGGAGAACGUACACCUUUGAGAACUCUGCAGAAUGAAAUGCAACCCUUCUCAACACAGUUGUCUGUGUUAACAUCAAAGCUGCGCCUUAGUGCUAAUGUGACAAAAAUGACAAAGGGGAAUGUUCGUCUCAGUGAUCCAGAAAUUCUUUGCUCUGUACCAGCAACCAAAGUGAUACAAAGCAGCACUUCCAGUGUAAUUCAGAAAGCACCCACGGUCGGCAUCCCAGAUACUGAGAUGGCUUGUGAGGAUGGAAAUGUAACAUUUAAACCCUUAAUUUGUGCUGGAGGUGAGGUUGAGGUUUUACACUCUUCAAUCUGUGCCAAAGAUGAUGUGGCAUCACUUCAGUGUCAGACUAUGACAGAGGAAUAUGAAACAGACGAAACAGUCAUCUCUGACAGCAUGAUGGUACAUUCAGCCACUGACCACAUAGCACAUUCCUAUUACAAUUUUGAUUCCGCUUCUACUGACAACAAUCUCCGUGAAGAUUCAAAGACUACUUUGGCCUCAGGGGACACUGAUGAUGAAAGUGUUGCACCAAAAGACGAUGUUCUGCAGAACUUCUUCACAGAUGAAGAUGUUACUUUCAAGUCAUUUCUCUGUGAUGGGGGUGAGGUGGAAGUUACAGAUGCCACCAGACUGCCAGAUGAGACCAUUCGUCUGCCUAAGCCAGAGCUUCAUGAACCAGUACAAGAUGAGAGUCUAAAUGCAAGUAGUUUGGUUGACUGUGAACAGUGCCAUCCAGCGGAUCGUGUUGAUCAUCCCUACUGUGGUACUGCUUCUUUUACCAGCACAGUAUCAAUGCCCCAAAGUGAUUUUGAAAAGCCUGCUAAUGAAUGGAGUGAUGUCAGUCACAGAUCAUAUAAUUGCAGUGAGAUUGGUGGUGAGAUUGAAGUUUUAGACGGUACCAGCCUUGCAGAUGACACCGAGACGGUUUCUCUACCCAGUGACCAAAUUGCAGCCGGCAGCGAAUCAUACAACCAUAGUAUCAAUUCAAGUAUCCCAGUCUGUCAGCAACAUGUGGAAAAUGGCAGUGACCAUUUAGAUCACCCAUACUGCAAUGCUGAAAAUGAUCCAGUAGCUUCAAGUGAAAGUGUUUUUCUGGCAGAGGAACAAAUCCUAUGCAGCGUCAAUGAUUUCACUGAAAUUAAACUGGUGAUACCCAAUGGCCACACUGGUAAACUAGAAGAUGCCACAUUUCAUUCUUCCAUCAGUGCUAGGAGAGAGAUGGAACAUUUAAAUGACACCAGAUUAUCAGAGAAUAAAUCUGAUCUGUCUGAGAACCAGGAUGUGGUUAGGCAUCUCCUAGAUAACAAUGAUUUUCUAACAUUUACUACUCAGAAUAACAUCCAAGAUGGCUGUGAAGAACCUGCCGUCCACUUGACCAAGGAUAAGGAUGAAAUGAACACUCAACCACCAGGAGCCCGUGUGUCUCCACUGACAAAAGCCUUUGCAAAUGCUUCAGAUGAUGAAUGUGUCAAUUGUCAAGUCAGUGAAACCUUGCAAAAACACUUGACACAAACUGAAGCGUGUGAUUUUCCAUUAACUAUUCACAGAACUGAGACGUCUGACUGUAGCCAUCUCAGGGUUUCAGUGAAGUCUUGUUUAUCUGAGCAAGCGCAACAGCAUCCAGAUUGUGUUUCUGAAGAGCAUUUGAGCAGUCCUGCUGCUAACUCUGUAUCUAAAAGUCCCACAGAGAGCCUUCCUGAUGGUUUCCAAGAGCUCCAAGAAUGUCCCUCACCUGUAGCCUCUUUAGAGUUGGGAAUUCCCAGUCCAGUUCUUAAGGAAGUGUCUGUAUUGAUGUUAAAGGCUGAUGGUGAUCCACCUGUGGACCAAUUUUUGGUUGAAGAUUCUGCUAUUGAAAUUGAAAAGAGACUGUCAUCUUCUGUCAAUAUAAACUCCACUGGGUUAUGGGCAGAGCGCAUGGACAGCCCUAUGCCUUGUCCUCUGUUUAACUCUACAGCAGUAGAUUAUAAGCUCCAGCCAUGUCCGGUCAUUGGGUCAAUUGAGAAUAUGGAUGUGAAAUCCUGUGCCGCACCCCAGUCUGAGGUGGAGAAUCAGAUUUUGGAUAAUCCAUUAAUUACCGAUUGUCUGAUGCAGCAGAAACUGCGACAAAUGGCAGAGUUUCUUAUCUUGGCCGCGGGGAGGAUGGGCCCUGCUGCUGUGGUCCCAAAUGCAGCCGCCUGCGUGGCUGAUACAGUAGGUGUCCCUCCUGCUGAAUUUCAAAGUGUCUGUGUGGGCAUCACUCCUGUCAAACUGGUAGACCACAGCUUUAACACAUCUGGACAGUUUGAGAGAGUACGGAAGAUGUCCAUGAUUGAUGCUUCCACAAACACUGACCCUCUCCUGUUGAAUAUACCAGCAGGCAGCCUGGAGAGCCUUUCCAGACAAGAGCUGGAACAGAGGUUAAACUCCAGCAUGAUCAUGGUGGAAGCCCUGUUGCAACAGCUGGCUGCAGGGAGGAUACAUGGAGGUCCUCCUGCAGGUCCUGCACCUUCAGACCUGAGGGAUAAACUUGUGCAGACUGACCACACUGAACUUAGUCAAACUACAAUGUACCGUGACCUAUAUAUUGGCGCUCUGAGCAAGGUGGCUGAGUUGGAGCUGGAGGAAAGUUCUCUACAAAACCUCAUCCAGUCAUUGCAAGACAUGAGAAUGACUAUGAGUUCAUUGACCUGUGAUGUGGAUACUGCUCUCGCUCACAUGAAGGAAAUUACAGAAGUUGCCAGAGAGGAUCAUCAAAACCUCGUUUCACACUACGGCGAGAUGACACUUCUUAUCAAGAAAUCAAAAGCAACACAGGCCAAGAUGGUGCAGAAGGUAAAAGAUGCUCUUCAGCAAAGAGAAAACAUGAGGACACAGAUGGAAGAAGCUUACACAGCAAAGGACGCAGCCUUUAUUGCACUGGAACAGCUGAGAGACCACUGUGCCACAGAAAUCUCAGAGCUCGGGAAGAGUAUUGGGUCUCAGCAGGAACUUUUGACUGCCCUCAACCAGACCUACCCAGAACAGGUGUCAUUAAAUAAGACCAGAACUGAAAUACUGAGCUCUGCCUCUGAUCUUCUGACCAGUACCCUAAAUGAGCAGUCCUGGUUGAUGAAAGAACUCUUUACAGUCAGGGACCUCUUGCAGAAGACGACUCCUCUGCUUUUCAGACUCCAUGAGAAAGCAGCUGCUGCUCUGAGGGCACAGAACCAACACCUCUCUGCUAGGGACCAAGCUGUUGAGGAGAGGGAUCAGGCCCUGGAGAAGUUCAAUCAUGUGAAUUUGAAUCUCCAAAAUGCCAGCGAACAAAUUGGUGACUUGAAUCUACAGGUGACAAUUUUGACCACAGAGAUGGGUGUACUACGUCAGAAACUGACAGAACGGGAGGAGGAGCGGUCUCUGUUGGAAAGGAAGGUCACAGAGCUCUCAGCCACAGUUUCUUCCACCUUGGCUUCGUACACCUUCUUGGAACAGGCUCUUACUUCUGAAAGUACAAAGUUACAACAGUCGUGGAAAGAUGUUCAGGAAGCCAAUGACAGGGCAAAUGAAUUGGAGCUGUUAUUGACUCAGUCGCAGCAGCGUGUGUAUGAGCUGAGUCAGGAUUUGGCUCAUUGUGAUCAGCAGCUCAAACAGCAGCAGGCUUUAUUGGACACGCAGAGCAGGGACAUCAAGAGUCUUCAGGAUCUUUGCACGCAACUCAACGGUGUGCGGGAAAUGAACGAGUUCUUACAGAUAGAGAAUGAACUGGCCAGAGAGCAAGUGGCUGAAAGUGAAUGUUUGCUCCACACUAACCUGAAGGGUCUGAGGGAGAGAAAUAUCCAGUGCGAGGACCUAAAAGGAAUGCUCGCUCAGCUUCAGAUGGAAAACAAAUGUCUGCAGGAUGAGCUGGAAAAUACAAAAUCUAAAGCCAGUGCAACUCAGCUGGAGCUCAAUGAGAAGCUGGCUCAGGCAGUCACUGAUAUUACUUUACUGCAUCAUACUGUGCGAGGACUCACCAAUGAGCUACAGGCAGCUCUCACUGAGAAGAAAGAGGAACUUCCUAAAACAUUGGGUGUUGAACAUCGUCACCCGUCCACCUCCUUUGUAGACAGAAUCAUGGUUGCGUUAGCUACAGAGAAAAGGGAAGAUGAAGAAAACGAAAUGACUGCUGAACAAGAUCUGCCACAACCCGUGUGUGAUGGUUUGUUCAGUGAGACGAGCGCCUUCAUCCGCGUUACCGCCGCCACCCCAAAAAAGAACUCGACUUCAACAGAGUUUGAAGCAGACGAGGAGCAAAGCGAUGUGACGAAGCUGCUGGCUGACCUGAGCCACACGGUUACAGAACUCAGGAGUGCCGUACGAUCGGUGCAGCGACACAAGGAUGCUCGUCUGGAAGCGCAGCAGUACACCAUCUCUGUCCUGCAGAGGGAACAAGAGGCUGCAGACAUGAGGUAUGAGAACGAGGUGUGUGGGCUGAAGCAUCAGCUCAGCCUUCUGACAAGCCUGGUGGAGAGAGGCAACAUGGCAUUACAGCAGAAAGCUCAGGAUGAGGAAACGGUGGCAAAGUUGAUAACAGAAGUCAGCAAGACUCAAGAUCUUCUAAAUAAAUGCAAGGCUGCAAAUAAUGAGCUCAGAACGGAGGUGGCUGAGCUCAGGUGUGCUCUGCAGCAGUCACACGUAGAGUGUCGCUUUCUGCGAGAGGAGCUGAAGAAGUCUGGUGACCAGUCGGCAAACCAGACAUAUUUCUUAGACGAGAAUGUUCAGUUAGUGAAAGAGGUGCAGAGGCUGAAGAUGAGCCUUCAGGAGGUGGAACAGGCCAAAGUGAAGCUCCUUGAAAGAGCAAAGAGACAUCAAAUUAUCCACCAAACCAACCAGAUGAAAAGUGAGAAUGAACUGCAAAUACUGAACAAGAUCAUCAACAGAGUCCGCGAGACUUUGCUGUCCAUGCCAGAAGUGGUGAAGAAUUGUGAACAACUCCAGCAGCUCGUUGAUUACAUUGGCUGAUAUGUUUUGUUUUUUCACACCUGUUUAUUUUGAUUCGUUUGAUUUAUUUUAAUGCGAUAAAAAUAAAAUGUG